GAGUGGUAGUUUAGAAACCGGAGGGAGUAUGCAGUACUAGUAUAUAUAUAGAUCUCGGGGGAAUAGAGAGAUAAGAUAGACACACGAGCUCUCAUGCAUAUUUGAUUGUUGAAAGUCUUAGCAUUUUCAAUUCCAAAGUUCCAACUAUAUAUAUGUGUUCAUCCUUAAUCAUGUAUCUUCAUGCAUUCCUCUUGUUUCUUUCCUGCCUCCUAUUACCACAACCCACACUAGGAAUGGACAUGGCCAGUACUGCCAACAUCAUCGCAAGAGACAAUAUAACCAACGACAGCUUCUUCAUCGCCAAGCCCGACUGCCCACUCAAUUGCGGAAACGUAACCGUCCCUUACCCUUUCGGCUUUAAGUCGGGCUGCUACAUCAACUCGUGGUUGGAGCUCGAGUGCGACAAUUCUUCCGGCAGUCCAAAGCUCCUCCUAGGCGAACUCGAGGUCUCAUCAAUCUCCCAAACCCAACUCCGGCUACAAAACUCCGUCGCUGUUCGGUGCUACGACGAGACCGGGGCCACCAACUAUACAGAGCCAAGGUGGGUGAAUUUGGCGGAAGGCAUAACGUUUUCGGCCGCGGCAAAUAAGUUCAUGGUCGUCGGCUGCAAUGUCUUCGCCUUGAUCUCGUGGCAGCAUGAAGACCGGGAUUUCAGUACCGGAUGUUUGUCCGUGUGCUCGGGAAAUGCCGAAGUGCUUCCUGGGAAUUGCACGGGGAUUGGCUGCUGCCAAAUCGAUAUUCCAAAGGGGCUCAGAAACUUCAAUGCUACGGCUACCCUGGGCAGGGUUUACAGUGAAACUGAAACCGAGGUUUCGUCCACCUGUAUCUAUGCAUUUUUGGGGGAGCAGAAUCGCUUUAAGUUCGAAGGUGAAUCAGAUUUCAAAUAUUCCCCGAAAAAAAUUGAAAACCGAAUCAGGCUUAAUGUACCCUUGGUAAUAGAUUUUGUGAUCGGAGAUCAGAGUUGUUAUGAAGCUCGAAACUCGGGUACAUUGGAGUGCCGAGGUGACGACAAUACUUCAUUUUCAUGUAAUGACUCGGAUAGUGGCUAUGGAGGAUAUCUUUGCAUCUGCAAUCAAGGUUAUAAGGGCAAUCCUUAUUUCAAUUCUGGAUGCACAGAUAUUGACGAGUGUCGCAAUUCCACGCUCCAUAACUGUCAUGAUAAAGCAAAAUGCACCAAUACUGCAGGAAGUUUUAAUUGUACAUGUCCAGAUCAUUACUAUGGCGAUGGAAGAAAAGAUCGUGACGGAAGUACUGGGUGCGUUCGGGAGGCCUCACAACCCUCAGGGAUCAAGUUAUCUCUAGGAUUGAGCAUUGGCUUCUUGUCAUUACUGAUAAUUGUAACUUUGCUAUACUUCGGUAUAAGGAGAAGGACGCUAAUCAAACAAAGGGAGAAAUUCUUCGAACAAAAUGGUGGGUUAUUAAUGAAGCAGAAAAUUUCUUCAAUUAAUAAAACAAGUUCUGCAGAGCCGCUGAAAAUCUUCACAGUUGAACAGCUAAAGAAAGCCACUAACAACUAUGCCAAGGACCGGAUACUUGGCCAAGGUGGUUACGGUGUGGUUUAUAAGGGAAUUCUACCUGACCAACGCGUAGUUGCCAUCAAGAAGUCCAAAUUAAUGGAGGUGGACCAAGUCCAAGUAGACCAGUUCAUCAAUGAGUUGUUGAUCCUAACACAAGUUAACCAUAGGAAUGUUGUGAAGGUCUUGGGGUUUUGUUUCGAAUCAAAAGUUCCCGAGCUUGUAUACGAGUAUAUUUCAAAUGGCACGCUAUCCCAGCAUAUUCAUAAGAAGUUAUCCUGGUUAACGUUGGAUCAUCGGUUGCGAAUAGCCACAGAAGCAGCCAGUGCACUUUCUUAUCUUCACUCUGACGCUUCCAUUCCGAUAAUUCAUAGAGAUGUCAAGUCUGCCAAUAUAUUGUUAAAUGCUGAUUAUGUGGCGAAAAUAGCGGAUUUCGGUGCUUCGAGAUUAGUCCCCUUGGACCAACCUCAAGUGAUCAAUACAAUUGUACAAGGGACUUUAGGUUAUUUGGAUCCUGAGUACUUACAAUCUGGCCAGUUAACAGAGAAGAGUGAUGUUUAUAGUUUCGGAGUGGUUCUAGCGGAAUUAAUGACCGGAAAAAAGUCUAUUUGUCCUGGGAGGUCUGAAGCGGAAAGAUAUUUGGCAAUCUACUUCAUUGUGUCAAUGAAGGAAAAUAGAUUGUCCCAAAUUUUGGAGCCUCGGGUGUUGAGGGAAGGGACGUUGGAGCAACUCCAAGCAAUUGCGGAACUUGUGAAGAGGUGUCUUUGUUUGAAAAGUGAAGAGAGGCCUGCAAUGAAAGAAGUGGUUACGGAAUUGGAACGUUUGAGGAGGUAUAGAAAUGAUCCAUGGGUUAAUCAACAAAGUCUUGAAGAGAGCGAAAGUUUGCCAAGUGAAGAAGCACGAGUAGACUACUCUCACACUGAUCCACUAAGUCUUUCUACCAGCACGAGUGAAAUAUCUCGGCAAUAUUAUAGUUUUCAACUGCAGCAUGACGUUUCCGAUUGAUAGCUCCCGGUAUUAAGAGGUGGUGCUUUGUCUCAUAGCUCCUGGUAUUCCAAGGUAAUGUGUCGGGCUUUCUAAUAAGUAGCAUUCUGGGUUCCUACAGACCAAAAAUGCUUUGGAAAUAUAUAUGUACAAUGGUCAAUUGCAAAGGUAGAUUGUUCUUCAUUUGGAUACAUCGGAAUUUGUGUGUAAUAAGUAGCAUUCUGGGUUUGUCUCAUGAUUUUCUUAUUUUCCAACAAAUUAUGGUCUUGUGGUAGUGUUCGAUCUUCAGAAUUCAGUCUCUGUUUUCAGAAUGCAGUCUCUUUUGUAC